UAGCAUCGCUUCAUUCAAUGUGAUAGGCUCGCGCGAUUCGCGACUGUGGAAUUUUUGUGUGAAACGAAAAAAAUAUAAUUCUCAAUCCAAUUCCAAUAGAAGUGAUUUUCAUCACACUACGAGCAAAAAUUCUCUACUCGCGAAUUAUAAGAGCAAAAUUGAAAGUGUUUGUUGUUUUUUUCUCCAUUCUCUACCAGGAUAUAGAGAAUAGGACGCAGACUUCUUUUCGCUGUUUUUUUUUGUGAUGUGAACAUUUGAGGCAGAAAAAAUAACUGCAAAGUUUGAAAAAAUAAUAAUUCUUAUGUGUAGUUAAUUUGUGGUCAAAGAACAACUAAAAAAAAAAAAAUAGGAGCAGCAGUGAAAAUUAAAGAAAUAGAUGCAUUUGUUGUAAAAGGAUCAUUUUGCCGUCGGUUAAGAAGUUGAACUGGGAAGUGUGAAUAAUUUUUACAUUUUGGAAGCAAUUAAACCAUUAGGAAUAUUGAGAUCCAGGAAUACUAAAUCUUGAGACUUGAUGGAAAUUCUAAUUUGUGAAAAAGUAAUAUAUUUAUGUGAGAUUCACAAACAUUUUUCGUCAUAAUUUUUGUGCGAGUGAUCUCAGGAGAUAUUAUCCCGUGUAGAGGAUAUACCUUAACAAUUAGCAAGCAGCAGCUGUAGUGUUUGAAGAAUUUCUUUUUAAAUAUAAGGAUCAAAAUGUCUGUACAGACAAAACGCCAGCAUUGCUACUUAUGUGAUCUACCCCGGAUGCCGUGGGCUAUGAUCCAUGACUUCAGUGAGGCCGUAUGUCGUGGUUGUGUCAACUAUGAGGGUGCCGACCGGAUUGAGUUGGUGCUGGAUACAGCACGUCAGAUGAAACGUGCCCAUUCAGCUGGCAAGAGGGCCCAUGAAAAUGGUGAAGUAGCAGCUGCACAUAGAGGUGUACCUGCAUCACAUCAUCACACCUAUGCACUACAGCGUCCGGCCGCUGCGGCGCCCGGACUUAUGGAUUAUACAACAAAAUUAGAACCACAUGAAGCUACGGUACGACCUGUGCGUAUAUCGUCUCAUAUGCCGCCACAUCAUCUACCCAUGUCUAAUCGAGCUGCUGCAGCUCCACCAGCUCUAUCAGUGAACCUUAAACGUCCACCACCGGAUGAUGAUGAACAUGCCGACGGCGUUCCGAGUGUCAGCGUUAAGCGUAGUCCUGACGAUGUACCGUCAGUUAGACCACCACUGACACGGGGUGAAUCCCUUCCUGCGGCCCCAUUUGUACCCGACAGACAACCCACAUUUAAGGAUAAGCAUCCAGUUCGGGCACCAUCAUUUGACACGGCAACUUUCAAGCCCGGAGUCUAUCCAACAUCUAUGCCACUACCACAAGUGUCGCUGGGAGAUUCAACGCCUCCAGCACCACCAGUACCACCAUUGCAAAGUCCGAUGGCUAAUCUGAUGUCUAUUACAGAGACAUUGCCGCCCGGAAGUCCGAGGAGCGGUCCAAGUCCGCCAGGACCUCCGCCACCCAGAUCAGCGUCGCGGGGAAGUCAGCAUUCGCCCAAUAGUUCAGGAUCAUCGUCGGGACGACGCUCAUCGGGAUCGCGACAUGUAUCCAGUACUACGGUGACAUCGACAGAGGCACAAGCUAGCUCGGGUAUUGGUAAUGGUGGUCCAGCUCCGAGUGGUGUUCCGGGUCCAGGGCAGAGUGUUGCAGUUGGUGCUGGUACUGGAGCUAAUCCCGUCACUGGAAGUGGUGUCCCACCGGCAGUUGAUGGAAGUGGAGCUACUGUUCCAUCGGCGGGUAGCCAGGCGGGUCCUGGUGGUGCCCCAGGCAGUAAUUCGUCCAACAAUCCCACCCUCAAGUGUACUCUGUGUCAAGAGCGACUCGAGGACACACACUUUGUCCAGUGUCCAUCUGUAAAUCAUCACAAAUUCUGCUUCCCCUGCAGUCGCGAGAGCAUAAAGCGACAGGGCUCCGGUGCGGAAGUGUACUGCCCGAGCGGGGAAAAGUGUCCAUUGGCCAAUUCGACGAUACCUUGGGCCUUUAUGCAAGGUGAAAUUGCCACAAUUCUCGGUGAAGAGUUGAAGGUGAAGAAGGAGCGGGAGACUUAACUACGUCCCCCGCCUCCAGAUACCCCCGAGAAUAUUCCGUGGACUUCCCACACCAUCUGGCUACCUCUGUGACUGUGGAAUAGUGAGUGAGCCACCAAUGAAAUGAACUUUUCAUCAUCCUUACGGGGGGAGUGAGAGUACUACACAUAUUUGGCACUGAGAACCUGACCUUUGGACUCUAUGAGCUUUUUUAUUUGGUGAGAUCCCUCCGAAAGGAACUGACUUGCUGCAUAUUGUCCCAGAAAAAAGAAAACUUACGGAGGGGUUUGGAAUUAUGUUGUGGAAGAAAGAGAAUGUUUUUUGGCUGAAAAAAAAUGUGAUUUUUGUGCAGCACAUAUACAAUUUUUUAUUUCAAAAUGUAUUGUGCAUGCGUUUUGCAUCUCCAUUUAAGAUGCUGCUCUUUCGCAGAUAAAUAAUUUGGAAAAAAAUAUAUAUAGACCUGCCACAAUGAGCAAAAUGAACAACAUUUUGAAAGUUUGCCGCGAUGGGAAUUAGAAUAAAUGAAAAAAUAAUAAUUUUUUGGAUGAAAUUCUGUACACUUUGUGUGCACGGAUGCUGUGGAAAAUCUUUGCAGUAAAGACACACACACAAUUUUUGAAUUUAAUAGAGAAUAAUUACACAUUUUGGAGGAAGGAAGAAAAUACCUAAUAUCAUUAUAACAUGAUAGAGGAUUUAAUAAUACAAACUUAUAAAUUUAUAAGGUGGUUAAACAUUUUUUUUUCACGUAUACAUAUAUUUGAAAACAAUAAUAACUCUAUUUUCAGAGUUUUAUUAAGAGACGAUGAAGGGGUAUUUUUAUUUUAAAAUUUAUCAAUGAAAUCUAUGAUAUUUAUCUAGUUUAUCUAAUUUUCAUUGUGUCUCCUUUAGUUGAAUAAUUUUGUGACGAACAUUCACAGAAUAAACUGUGAAGAAAGCUAAAUGGAAAAAAAAGAGGGAAAAGUAAAGGGUUUCUCGAGAGAAAUACAAAUCUGAUUCAGUUCCAAAAA